UAUGCGGCGGCGAUCGUCUAUGAAUAAUGGCAAUAAGGAGGUGGCCGGUUUGAAAAGAGGGCCGUGGACAGCUGAAGAAGACGAAAUACUGACGGCUUAUAUUCAGAAACACGCCCAUGGUAACUGGCGCGCCUUGCCAGAGAAAGCUGGACUCCAACGGUGUGGGAAGAGCUGUCGAUUGAGGUGGAUUAAUUACCUAAGACCUGAUAUCAAAAGAGGAAAAUUUAGUUUACAAGAAGAACAAACCAUCAUUCAACUCCAUGCCCUUCUUGGAAACAGGUGGUCGGCAAUGGCAACUCACUUGCCAAAAAGGACAGACAACGAGAUCAAGAACCAUUGGAAUACGCAUCUCAAGAAAAGGCUGAUAAAGCUAGGUAUCGAUCCGAUGACUCACAAGCCUCGCGUGGAUGCAUCAAGCCCCCUGUCUGGUUCCACCAAGAACGGUUCGAAUCUAAGCCAUAUGGCUCAGUGGGAGAGUGCUCGCCUAGAGGCUGAAGCUAGGUUGGUCCGUGACACGAAACAGGCUGUUGCCCCAAACCCGAAUCCUAUCCACCAGAAGAACAACCACCUUACACUCGAUCAGAAUCGGCUCAGACCGAGGUGCCUCGACGUACUCAAAGCAUGGCAAGGUGUAAUUGCGGGCAUGUUUUCGUUCCCCAGCCAGGAGCUUGAGUCCCCGACUUCGACCCUUAGUUUCCCCGCCGUCGGACACACCGCCACUUGCUAUACGGAUGGUGAGAUGGGGUUUGAUGCGUCGAAAUGCGUCGAUAAAUCAAACCAGUUGCAGGAAUUUGAGGAAACAAUGAUGGAUAGCGACAUCGAUGCAUGGUUCGACAAUUCAUUUAGGGUUGGAAAUUAUGAAAACAUUGAUGAAAGCUUCUCGGAUGCUUUGACUAUGACUGUACCGAUGGUUUGCGAUAGUGUACUCGAUUUGGUGAACUCUUCACCAUUUGGUUCCUAUAUAUUUUGA